GGCUGACGAGCCCUCCGGCGCGCGCGGGAAAGGAGACGGGUUUCGAACUAACACCCGAGGCAGAUCAGCGAUGCUUCCACCAUUCUGAGGAGCCUGAAACGUGCAGACAGCAGUGACUAUGACGGACGUGAUCGGAACGCUGAACACCGCUAGUCUGGAGAACACAGGCCAACAGAGGAGCUCGGGGAAACGCUCCAGAAACUGUUUACACCAGAACGACGGUUCUGCAGUCAAGCGAAGGGCUCUGGCCUGCCUUUCCAACCAUGUGGACUCUCUGGCAGAUCGACAGCAGCUCAAGAACACAGCAACAACACAGAGUGGAAGAACAGCAAGUUCUGUGUUUGACUUGCCUCCUCCAACAACCAUCACCUCUCUCUCCUCGUCCUUUCACUUUGAAUCUCCUGGAGAUGUGGCCAGCCCAAUGCUGCUCUCAACUCCAUCUCUGACCUGUUCAGAGACCAUCAGCCAACCUGACAAUGACUCCCAGUCUUACCCUCAGGACUACACCACUGAAAUAUUUACCUACCUCCGAGAAGCAGAGGUGCGGUGGCAACCACAGAUAGGCUACAUGCAGAAGCAGACAGACAUCACACUAGGAAUGCGGUCGGUCCUGGUGGACUGGCUGGUGGAGGUAGGAGACGAGUUCAGUCUCCAAACCAGCACACUCUACCAGGCGGUGGGUCUGGUGGAUCGGUUCCUCUCCCUCAUGUCUGUCCUACGAGGGAAACUGCAGCUAGUUGGGGCCACUGCCAUGUACGUGGCUGCCAAGUUGGAAGAGAUUUACCCUCCAGAGCUGGCUGACUUUGCCUACAUCACUGACAAUACCUACUCCCAGAAACAGAUUGUUCAAAUGGAGAAGCUGAUGUUGCAGUCACUGGACUACCAUCUUAUUGCUCCCUCGUCCACCUCCUUCCUCCACCACUACCUUGACAUUGGAACCCAGCAGUCACACAGCUCUGCAAACCUCCAAACUUCAGUACAACACUUGGCGCAGGUGAGGGUAAACCCCUAUUAUUAUCAUGUUGUCAAGGAAACUUUCCAUCCCCUGCAGUACCUAUGCGAGAUGGCUCUGGUACACUCUGACCCUUUCCUGAAAUACCUGCCGUCGGAGGUGGCAGCAGCAUCUGUCUGUCUCUCCAGACACACUCUGGACCAGCAGCCUGCCUGGUCCGAUUCAUUCCAACAGUGUACUGGAUACUCGGUCAGUGAUUUCGGCCACUGUCUUCAGGACAUGCAUCGAAUGUUUGCCAUGGCAUCCCAGCAGCCUCAGCAGGCAGUACGACUCAAGUACUGCUCUGAGAGGUUCUCAAGAGUGGCUCUUCUUGCAAUACCUGAGACCCUUCCAAUGUAGAGUCCGCCGAGUUUCUUUAUACCACAAUUGUUAUUUUGUGCAUUUUUGAAGUAAUGUAUUUAAUUUUUAUGCUC